GGAUAAAAGAGGACGAAGACAAUAAGGAUACUACAACCACGCGAGCAAAUCAACCUUAGAAAUCACACACGCACUGUAUUUUUUCCCGUCACGAAAAUCCACGAGGAUUUUUGUUCCUUUACACCCUCAAGCACACACUUCGAUAAAUCUCCCUACUCGUCCAUACCAAAAGCAUAUCAUAGUCCUUUUCGAUUCCCCGGCCUGCAGACUCCCUCCCAUUUAUAUUGUGCACCAAGCCUUCUAAACUUCCCCAUCACUUGCCUCUCUCUCUCUCUCUCUCUCUCUCUCUCUCUCUCGGUUGAGGUUCUUUCUGAUCAGUCAGCUAUAGGAAGAUGGGAGAUAUUUCUUGUUCCAAUGGUAUUUCCAAUGGUAAUGGAGUUCAUGGAAAAGUCUUUCCUCUAAAUGGGUAUAGGAAGAGCUGUUGGUACGAGGAAGAGAUUGAAGAGAAUCUGAGAUGGUCCUUUGCUCUCAUUAGUAUUUUGCAUACAGGAGCUUCGCCGUACCAGGACAUCGCGCUUUUGGACACAAAACCUUUUGGAAAGGCUCUAGUCAUUGAUGGAAAGCUUCAAAGUGCAGAGACAGAUGAAUUCAUCUACCAUGAGUCCCUUGUUCAUCCAGCACUCCUUCAUCAUCCCAAUCCAAGCACCAUCUUUAUUAUGGGAGGAGGUGAAGGCUCCACAGCAAGAGAAAUUCUCAGACAUAACACUGCAAAGAAGGUUAUCAUGUGUGACAUUGAUGAGGAGGUGGUAGAGUUUUGCAAGUCAUACUUAAUUGUGAACAGGGAUGCUUUCUGUGAUCCAAGACUUGAGCUGGUUAUCAAUGAUGCCAGGGCUGAGCUAGAAAACAGAGAGGAGAGUUAUGAUGUGAUCAUAGGAGACCUGGCUGACCCAAUUGAGGGAGGCCCAUGUUAUAAACUCUACACCAAAUCCUUCUACGACUUUACCGUCAAGCCUAGACUUAAUCAGGGUGGCAUCUUUGUCACACAGGCAGGGCCUGCUGGGAUAUUCAGCCAUACGGAAGUAUUCUCUUGCAUUUACAACACUUUAAAACAGGUUUUCAAAUAUGUUGUGCCUUACUCAGCUCACAUUCCUUCUUUUGCUGAUACUUGGGGAUGGGUCAUGGCUUCUGAUACUCCCUUUGUGCUGAGUGUUGAGGAGUUGGACCUCAGGAUGAAACAGAGGAUCAAAGGGGAGAACAGAUACCUUGAUGGGAAAACAUUUUCAUCGGCAUCCACCUUGAGCAAAGCCGUGCGGAACUCGCUGGACAACGAGACUCAUGUUUACACAGAGGGAACAGCAAGGUUCAUAUAUGGUCAUGGUAGUGCCUACAAAAAAGCUCAAGAAUGAGAAAUGGUCCAAAUGGAGCCAGAACAAAAGCUCUAUCAAAAACCAAAGGGAAACAUGAGAGACUGCAGUAGAACAUAAAUCUUUCUUGGGUUUUAUCUUAUCUUAUAUUAUUUCUUUUCUCUUUCUUUCUUUCUUUUUGCAUUUUGUACUUACUUGAAAGGUAUGAUAUAAUUAAUGUAUUGCUUUGUGUUCCUCUUUUUCGUGGUUUUGUGUAACCUAUAUUAUGAAUAUGGAACACGGAUUACCAAUUACUACUCA